GCGUGAAGGCUCUGGCGGUGGUGGGUCUCCAUUGGUUGGUCGUUCUGAUGGCGGCGAACCCAAUGGCAGUGGCAGUGCUGGUGGCCAGACAAUGCGUUGAAGGCACUCGAACAGACUAAAACUGAUGGUGAAGAGGAACCCAAUGAAGGGGUGUCGGCUGGUGCAAUGAAGGCACUAGGGUUUUAGUGUAUCAGCCUAUUAGGCUCUGAUACCAUGUAAAAUUUUUAGGAGAAACUUAAUAAUCUCAUUCCUACAACUAUGAACACAAUUAGCUCUCUUGUUGAGAGGAAAUACAACAAGAAAGGAAACAACAAGAAAGGAAAAAUAAUCAACAAUAAGGAAAAAGGAAAGAUAUAUAUAAGAUCCUAAUUCUAGUUUAGGAAUUAAUCCUAACCAAAUCUCUAUUGCCUUAGUUUCGGAUAUCCUCAUGAUCCAACAGUAUCAAUAUCCAUUGUGUAUUGGGCAUUGACACUUGGUGGACGCAUGAGGAUCCAUCCGCAUGCCAAGUGGUGCGUACUCUUUUAUUUUUAGACAUAUUCAAGACAUUUGAUGGACAUCCUUGUACAUAGGUUAGACAAGCUACGAAUGCAUGUUCCUGAGUUGGACGUGACUAUACAUAUGUUACCCUUGGCUCAAUUUUUAGCUUGCAUACUACAGAAGUUUUGGAUGAAGGGUGGUGAGAUUAGUAACCCAACUUGUGUGUGAUUUUGUACAAUUCUUUUUGCCCCAAUGGAUGUAUUCUGUUAAUAUGUUAGAUUUUACAUUCUCUUGCAGCUUUGCACUCUCCCAAGGACGAAAUAUCUCAUUGUUGAAUCAAAAUUUAACCCACCACCUCACACCAAGCUAUCCCUAGCUGCUAGAAAACUGUUGGCCAGCCACCACUUUUCCUUGCCAUAAAUAAUUUCAAGCCUUCCCGUGACUGUGAAUCCACCAUCAUCUUGAGCUGGAGGCCUGUAGAGGUUUAGCAAGAGUUAAAGAGGUAAGAUAUCUUAAGAAUCCUUCUUAGUAUGAAAUGAUAGAUCAAAUUUUGUGCACGUGUAGAUCAUACUUGUGUGUGUAUAUAUGGUGGUUGUAUGUAUUGAUAUAGGAGGCUAGAUCUUUUUUAUUUUGGUUAGAUUUUGUUUCCAUGUUCAAGGGAGGUUGGAUUUGAAAUCUUGAUGUCAACUAAUUCUUUCUAAAUUUUAGGGGAAAUGGUUUUGAGCAAGUAACUUUUGGUGUCACCUUGGGGCUUGAGAAAUUAAGUUUUGGACAUGUGAUUUAAUUGCAUAAAUAAUCACUAGUCAAUAAUGCAAUUUUGGGAGAUUGGGAAUGCAUGGUAUGGGUACAAAAAUUAAAUUGGAAAUGUUGGGGGUUAAUACCUAGGUGGUUGAAAUUAAUUGAUCUCAGAAUUAACGCUCCAAUUUAAAACCAUUAGUUAGACACAAAGGAAGUGGACUCAUAACCAAUUGAAAAUUUGAAGCGUUAAGACCGAUUUUUAUCUUGCCAGGACCAAGGUGAGCACACUGUUAUAUGGUGACUCAAAAGUUUAACUUAAAUAUGAAUACAUCCUUGCAUGUGAGUGAUAAGGCAUGUUUCAUUAAAAUUAAUUAUUGUGAUAAAUCCAUGCAAAGUUUUGUAUGCUUUGUGUGCUUAAAUAAUUGGACAUAAUACGUGUAAUUUCCAUUUAAAAUGAGGGGUUAAUGGUCAUUCAUAAUGCUCGACCCUCAGGUAUCCUGGGGCCAUAAGGGUAUUGCGAGGGGCUGUGGGAGCAAAAAAGGAUACUGGUAAGAGAUUAGUGCUGAUGUAUCAGGGGGCCUUGGGGAUGGAUUUUCUUUUUAAUUGUAACGUUGAUGUGUAAGGUGAUAUGGAAGCUGGAUAUUGAUACCUUAAUUAUGGGGCACCUUCAACCCUAGACUACCUAAUGUCUCAUAUUGCUCAUAGUACUGGGUGGCGUGAGUUGUAAAUGGGGUGACCUUGGUGCAAGGUUGAAAUGUUUGGUUGUUAAGAAAGUGGAAGAAAUGAGAGAACAUGUAUAUUGCGAGAGUGAGGGGGAGAGAAAAAAAGCUUCCAUUCUUUAGUCCAUCUAUAUAUACACAUGACAUGGCCACACACAUAUAUUUGGUGAGGCAAAAAUUACAAAAAAUAUAUUCAGUUUAGUCGAGUCUUAUCACUGUUGUGCCAUAAGGGUGCCAUCUUUCGUGCAUUCUCUCCUGAUUGAAGAGUGAUCCUUGAGAAACAUGUACACUUCUCCGUUGUUUCAUAGGAGCUGACCUCUUAGAUCAACACUUGAGGCAGAUGAAGGGAAGAGAAUUUAUGCCCACCAACAGCAUUGCUGCUUCAACUCCUAAAGUUGAGUUGGGACAGGAGCCACAUGUCGAGCCUGAUAAUUUAUCUUCCGAAUACUGCUGAUCCUAACCAUUUUUAUGCAAUUGGUCAACCAGUUUUAUGCAUCCAACAUUUUUGUUUUUGUUGCAUGCUGACAGCAAGCAUGACAGGAGUGGAGUCUAAGAGAGUGUCUAUAAUGUUAUGUGAACUACGAAAUUGAAGUUUUAAAUAAUUGGUGGAAAAUCAAAGCCAACUUCUCUCGCACAUAACAAAACAUGCACAUUAUCCCUGUGAGAUGAGAGGGAUUGGCAACUUUAUAGUAGAUCAAUUGGGAUCUUUAGAGAACAUGUAUCGUAUGCAUGCGCAUAUGAUGAGGCCACUUGAUGAUGUGCAAUUUUGGAACAUAGCUUACUUCUUGUCAUCCCUGGUAUUUUUAGUAGGAGUAGUAGGGGCUUGCUAUGAAUUCCUCUUUACUGAGAAGUGAGUUUUACGCUUGCUUUUAGAGAUGAGUAGAUUGUAUGGAGAUCAAAAUCAUCAUGAUCUCCAAUGCUCUGAUGGAUGAUUUUAUAUGCUCAGAAAAGAAUGAUUGGCUGAACUUGUACUAAUUUCAAUCAUGCAAGAACCGUUGUCUUUGUGGGGUUUUGAACAAGCUUGCUAAUAUUAGUUACUGUUCUCUGGCUGGGCACCUGUGAUGGUUUCUUCUUUCUAAUAGUGGAAAAAUAAUGCCAUUGGCUGGCUGCGGCAGAAGUUUUCAGUAACUAGUGUUAAAUGUUAAGCGCAUUAUUUAUGGAGUAUUUGCAGUUUUUGCACUGCAAAGCACUGGCAUCAUGCUGGCAUGUCGUCUCUUUCUUUCCGCUAUGAUUUAUUUUGGAUGGUUUUACACUUUAUUAUUAACUUCAUGGUUUUCUUUUUUUAGUGGCAAGGCAAAGAUCAUUCGAUUCCAUUACCUAACAAAUUGAAGGCUGUUCAAUUGUGACCGAAUAAACACCCCCCCUUUUUUUGGGUUUUGCAUAUAAAAUAAAAAUGGGACAGGUGUUUACAAAGUUAAUAAUUUUAUCUAGCAAAUCAGAUAUAAUUGUCAGCAAGGGCAUAAAGAAGUUCAAAUUUUUAAAAGUAACAAGCAAUAGGAUAAGGUAGCAUAAGGAUCUCAAAUUAUUUGAAUCCAAUCACGGCUCCUCCUCAAUCGACAAGACAAAUGAAAUGACCACCAUAACUAAUAAAAGAUUCAUUUUACCCUAAUACCACCACCUACUGCUCAAUUCAGGAGUAAUUCUCCUUCUACUUGGGAGCUUAUAUCUCUGUCUUUUGUUUGGCCUUUUGAAUUCUUCAGCAUAGAAAUUCAAAUUCCCAACUAAUAAACAGCAAUAAGAAUUAGGGCACUGACGAAAUGAAAUAUAUUAUUAUUAUAUCUAUGUUUUAUAAUUUCUUUUAGUACAUAAUAAUUGAAUAAUAUAAGUUCUGAACUCCAAUUGACACCUGGGGCUGGGGUUGAGCCGCCGCCCGCAACAAAUGGAGCCCCGCAAGAAGCGUAAAAGAAGCAGCUCUACCCAUGCCGGAAACUACAACGCCGACUUCGCCGGCGACGUCCGCACCAUCUUCUCCGUCUUGCUCGCUUCCCUUUGUAUUAUUGACAAAACGAAAACGAAGAUGAAGAAGAAGAAGGAGCCCUACUUCCACCAACUCCAACUCCGUCUCCUAAACCAACUCAAUCUCUCUCUUCUCUCCACCCUCCCCAACCCUAACUCCUCUUCUUCCCAGCUAACCCUACCCCCUCCCAUCCUCUCCUUGCUUCCGCCCCUUCUCACUUCCAAAUGCGCUGCGGUAGUCCGCAAGUGCUCGGAGUUUGUUGGCGCAGCUUCGUUAUUCUCCUUGGAGAUGAACGAGCAAUUAGCCGGUGAUGACGAAAUUGUGCGGGGUUUGAUCUUUGCGUUCUCAUCGGGUUCGAAGAGGAGGACCACAUUAGUGGCCACUUGCAAUGCCAUUUUGGAUAUGUCCUCCACGUCCAUUGGGCGACAACGUCUCUUGCAAUUCCAUGCCCUGAACUCUAUUAUUUUUUGCUUCCUUCAGGUCCCUAAAUCUUCAAAGCCGUUGAUUUUUUUAUUUACUGAGGAAAAACAAAGUAGAAUAGUGUUUAAAGAGGAUGAACUUUUGGUAUUACUUUUUGAUGCUGCAAUCACUCUCAUUAACGUGUGCCAAAGUGACCAGCUGGAGAUGAUUCCACGAAAGUUAUCUGAAACUUUAUUGGCUUAUUUGAAAAGGCUAUGGGCGGAAGUCCACAAGAAAAAUUUAUCUGGCACAAUCCUGAGAUACCACCAACAUAGACAUUAUUGUAUAAGCAAUAUUAGAACAAAUGAUCUGGCAGAAAGCAUAUUCAGACUCUCCAUUAAUGGUUAUCGACUUACAGUGCCUGUCCAUAUGGAUAUUAUUAAGGAAAGCAUUUUCGGCUGCAAUCAGUGUAGUUAUCAACAAUUCAUUUUGAAUCAUUGGGAGAUGUCACCUUUGUUUGUUGGAAGGCUGUUGAAGGCUUCUAAUGAGCAUAAUGACAUUUUUAGUUCUUUUAAACAGUCUGUAAACUUCAACCAAGAAGUCUCUUCUUUUCUCCCAAUGAUCCUUAAUAAUCUUAAAUCUUGUCUACCUAUUUCUUCUGAAGAACUAGACAUCUUUAGUUUCUUGAAGGAGGUUAAAAGUAAUUUGGGUUGCCCUAUGAUCUACCAACAAGAUAUUCGGGUUUUGAAGUGCAUCCAGGAUGAGAAGCAUUUAAAAAGAGAGAUGCAUUUUUUUCAAGAGUACUCAAGGUCUUGCUACUUUCAGGACCCACAAUACCUAUAUGUUAAUGAUAUUCUGAGAUGUAAAGAAGCAUAUCAAGAAGGUUUUACUAUUUCUCUGCGUGGCAUGGAGUUUCGCUUUGGGAGUAUUGCCAGUAUCGUAGAUGGUUUAGCAUAUCUGUUUGGUCAACCAUCAGCAGGUGUGAAUAUGUACCUGACACCACCAAAUUCUCAGGGUCUGGCUUGUCAUUGUGAUGAUCAUUGUGUGUUUAUAUGCCAACUCAUUGGGGUCAAACAGUGGAAGGUUUCUUCCCAAUCAAGUCUCAAGUUACCCCGCCUUUAUGAACCUGUUGAUAGCCUGCAUGAGGCUGAUGCAUCGAUAAAUGAUGGAUACAAACAUUUUCUGCUGAGAGAAGGUGAUAUUUUAUAUGUUCCUAGAGGUUUCCUUCAUGAGGCAAGUACCAUUGUGGAUGCUGACAUGCCCAAAGGGACUCCCGAUUUCUCCUUACAUCUCACACUCUCUAUUGAGGUGGAACCUCCAUUUGAGUGGGAGGGAUUUGCUCAUGUUGCGCUUCGUGCUUGGUAUCAGAAUCACAAGCAAUCUGAUGAAUCAUUAUCCAGGAGUCUAACCGCUAUCUCUGUAAGCCUAAUGCAUGCUGCAAUCAAGCUAAUUGGUGAUGCUGAUGCUACUUUUCGGAAGGCUUGCUUGGUUGGUGCAAUUUCAUUUUUUUCAGAUUGUGAUGGCUGGCUUCAUCUGAACCAGAAAUCAAUUUUCGAUCAUCUGGUUGAAAGCAUUGGUGCUAAAUCAAGGUUCUCAGAUGCUCUUAGGAGUGUGGAGGUGUCUCUUCAGGAAAAUGAAGAUCCCUUGCAACGAAUAAAAUGGCUUCAGCAUCUUUAUGAUGAUGAAGAAAAGAACUUGGAGUUCCGUGAAUGGGAAAUCCCUUCAUUUGACAGUGAAGGCUUUUCUCUAAUCAAUCAGCAAAAAGAUGAGGCAGAAGCGGCAUUCAUGCUGAUCAAGUGUAAGUUCUGCAGAGAGGUAGUAUUUGAGAACGUAGAACAAUGCUACAAACUGCUGCUUGAGAAAUAUAGGAAGGUUCGGAAACAAUAUGCGAAUGGGAUGCUUUCAUUGCAUUGUAAUUGACAACUGGAUAGUAUUUUUGUGCUCUAUAAUGAUCUAUUCUUCACAAAAAUGUUCUCCACAAGGUACAUAAGAUGAAUUUAGUGGUAUGAAUGUGCUGAAAUAUAAUAUGACCCAUCAAUAUGUACAUACCAUUGGUGGGACGGCUAAUAUCUGUAGCAAUAGUGGAAAAUUUUCUUAAACUAACUCUUAUGUGACUCGAAUGCUUGAGUUGAGAGAGUUGCUUCCUCAUAUGGUAUUUGGUAGAGCUCUUUGAUACGUUUUCAAUAUGGUAUUUGGUAGAGCUCGUCUGUUAACUGCUUGAGUUGAGAGAGUUGCUUCCUCAUCUGGUAUUUG